AUGAACCACCAAGGUCUUCGCACAUUUGCAUCCAUUAAUCACAACCUCAGUAAAUUAAUCAUGACACUGAUUUUACAAUUGUUUAAUGAUCUUUGGGAUAAUCUUGGGCAAGCAUGGUCCUUGACUAUCUUAUCGUCAUUGUUAUGUAUAUUAGGAUGUUUUGUAAUCUUUAUUGAUGAUCUAUAUAAUUGGAUAUUUCCGUCACGGUUUACAAGGGACCAUCCAUUCAAAUUGAAUGAAAACUUGAGUUUUUUAAUAGCUUCUUUAAGUUUCAGUAGUGGGUGUUUGAUAUUCACCUCCUUAUAUAGGCUAUUACCUAAAGGGUAUGCUUAUUUUGAAGAUUCUGGUUUGAAAGGUCAUUUGAAUGCUUAUCUUGUGGGAUCAUUCGUAUUCGGAUUGGCAUUAUGCUUACUGUUGAAUGGUAUAUUGCAUAUGAUUACCAGUGAAUCAGUAGUUCAUUGUAGUCAUGAUUUAGAGGGAGGACAUCAUGAUCACGAACAUGGUCACAAUCAUGACGAUAAUGAUCAUUCUAAGGUUGCUGAUCAUGAACAUCAGGAACAAGAAAUUAUACACGUUGACGAGAACACACCUUUAAUGCCACAAAUCAAGAAGAAGUUCUCUUUGAUUCAUUUAUUCAGAAAAGAAGAUGUUGGAGAAUGCAAAGGCUAUUCUUCAGCAGAGAUCUGUGUUAACGAUGUUAAAAAAUUACAUUACUGUGAAUUGCCAGUAUCUUUGAAAGGCGACAAUGAUAAUGAUAACCAUUCCGUACAUUCACUUUAUUCAAGAGAAGUCCAUUCGCCACAUCAUGAACACGAACAAGCAGAUCAUGACAACCACUUAGAGCAUCAUCAUUCCCAUGGUCAUUCUCACCAUCAAAUAGAUAACCAUAGCCAUUACCAAAACGAAGGUGCCAAAUCAACUCAUUCGGAUCACCAUCAUCAUAUAUCAACGCCAAUUUCAAGAUUAUUGAUGAUUGGUAUUCAAACCACCCUUGCAAUUACCUUACACAAAUUACCUGAAGGUUUCAUUACAUUCGUCACAUCAGAAGCUGACUCAAGGUUAGGAUUAGAAAUAUUUUUGAGUCUUUUGGUUCAUAAUUUCAUCGAAGGAUUUUCAAUGUGCUUGCCAUUAUAUUAUUCAUUUUCCAAUUCUCCCAAUAGUAAAUAUGCAAAAUUGAAAUCGAUUUUGAUUGGAGGAGGUUUAGGAGGUAUUUCUCAACCAUUAGGAGGUGUUUUGGGUAUGAGCUUCCUCAAAGUGAGCCACUACAAUAUCAAAGAUUUGAAUUUUGUAUUUGGUAUAAUCAUGUCAAUCACUUCAGGAUUUUUGACAGUGGUAGCAUUAACAAUGUUUGGAUCAGCCAUAGGCUUCAAUAGAGGUCCAAAUUUUGUUGUUGUAUGGACCUUGGUAGGAAUGAGUGUCAUUGGUGGGUCAUUAAUACUAAAUGAUUGA